GGGCCGGGCCGGGCCGGCGGGGAAGCGCCGCGCCGCGCUCCGCUCCGCCCCGCCGGCUGCGGGGAUGUGCCAUUGCCAUGGCGAGGCGGCUCUUCCCGGGGGCCUGGCUCCGGCAGCCCCACUACGCGCAGUGAAUGCGUGUUGGUAAUUGAUGCAUCUGCAGAAUGGCAGCAAGCUAUCGAUAUAUUGACUUGUGACAGCAUGCUACUGUUGGUACGUUUCUCAUACAUGCGGAUGAAAUAUCUCUUCAUCUCUUGGUUAGUAGUAUUUAUUGGCAGCUGGGUUAUGUAUGUCCAGUACUCUACCUACACAGAACUAUGCAGAGGACAUGACUGUAGGAAAAUAAUAUGUGACAAAUACAAGACUGGAGUUAUUGAUGGGUCAGCAUGUAGCAGUCUUUGUGCGAAAGAAACACUAUAUUUUGGAAAAUGUUUGUCAACAAAGCCCAAUAAGCAGAUGUACUUAGGAAUCUGGGGAAAUCUGCAAGGAGUUAUAAAAUGCCAGAUGGAAGAAGCUGCUCAGUUUGAUUUUGGUACUGAUCCAGAACCAAGGAAGGAAAUAGUUCUAUUCGAUAAACCAACAAGAGGAACCACUGUUGAAAAAUUCAAAGAAAUGGUGUAUGGUCUUUUUAAAGCAAAGUUGGGUGAACAAGGAAAUCUUUCAGAACUGGUUAAUCUCAUCUUAUCUUUUGCUGAUGGAAACAAAGACGGUAGAGUUUCUUUGCCAGAAGCAAAGUCUGCAUGGGCACUUCUGCAGCUAGAUGAGUUCCUGUUAAUGGUGAUCUUACAGGACAAAGAACAUACUCCCAAGCUGAUGGGUUUUUGUGGGGAUCUUUAUGUAAUUGAAAGAGUUGAAUAUACCUCUCUCUAUGGAAUCAGUCUUCCAUGGAUUAUAGAACUUUUCAUUCCUUCUGGUUUCAGAAGAAGCAUGGACCAGUGGUUUACUCCAUCAUGGCCAAGAAAGGCAAAAAUAGCUAUAGGGCUUUUAGAAUUUGUGGAAGAUGUUUUCCAUGGACCUUACGGAAACUUCCUUAUGUGUGAUACAAGUGCCAAAAACUUGGGAUACAAUGAUAAAUAUGAUUUGAAAAUGAUGGACAUGAGGAAAAUUGUGCCAGAAAUGAAUUUGAAGGAAAUGAUUAAAGAUCGUCCUUGUGAAUCAGACAUGGACUGUGUCUACGGUACAGACUGUAGAACUGUAUGUGACCAAAGUAAAAUGAGAUGUACAACAGAAGUUAUUCAGCCAAACUUGGCAAAAGUCUGUCAGCUACUUAAAGACUAUCUGCUUCGUGGUGCUCCUUCGGAUAUCCAUGAAGAACUAGAAAAACAACUGUAUUUGUGUAUUGCCCUUAAAGUCACAGCAAAUCAGAUGGAAAUGGAGCAUUCUUUAAUACUCAAUAACCUUAAAAUGUUACUGUGGAAGAAAAUUUCCCAUACAAAUGAUUCUUAGCUUCUCCACCAGCAGAAAUACUGAUGCCUGCCAUGAGAGGUGACCUACCAUGUUUGAUAAAAAUGAUGUGCAGCAUUUUUUUUUUUUAAAGACCCUUCUUUACUCAGAUUUCAGGAAUGGCUGUUCUACUCUUGCCCUUUAGUCGGUACUUUAUGACAGGGCUUCUCAAAGGAUGAACGUACAACCGAGCGAUCGGGCAGAGGCCAAAAGCACUUCUGGGGUUCCAGAGUGCUGUUAUGGAAACAAAAACAACCCUGCAUGCUUGAUUGUUCUGUGCACAUUGUCAGAUCUUGAACAGGAUGAAAGUACUCACUGUGCUACCACAUCAUCUAACGCAACAUCAUACAAAUCUGUGAAAAUCGUUGUUCACUUGUGAAAUACCUGCAAAAGAUUUUUAUCCUGAAUAGUUUUGAGGAACCACCACUACUGCAAAUAAUGUGACUGAGUCCAAGCUGCUGUUGUGUAUUGAGCUGCAAUUGAAGUUUACUAAUACCUUCGCAUAGCAGAAUUUGCACAUUAAUAGAUAAUUUUUAAACUAUGGAAAAUUUUAUUCUGGAACUGAUAGGUUGUAAUAUGAGAUUUAAAUUAGUUUUUGUUUAUACCUUGUUACCUCAUACUUGCAUCUUGAAUGUUUUAGUUCAACACUUUAAUUAAAAAGUCCAACCAUGUUGGGAGCCAAGAUUUUUAGGAUGUUAUUACUUAAAAGGAUGUACCUACUUUAGCAGCAAUAUAAACAUCGAUUUUUGAAAGUGUAAUUAUUUUACUUUUAUUAAACUGAAGUUAAGCUGUGGCAAACUUUGAAAAGCAAGGCUGUGGACUAUGCCAUUUUAUAAGAUAAUUUUAAUAAGUACUGAUAGCAAAAAUGUACUAACAGCUUAAAAAACAGGAAACCUGCAUAGUAAGAUGCUGCUUUGUGACAAAUGAAACAAGUAACAGUUGUAUAUGAAGUCUUGAAUCUUUACUGCCCACAAAAACUUAGCUAUAGAUUUGUGCUUAAAUCCUUCCCACCUACUGCAGAAAGUACACAAAGAAGGCAAAGGUGGGUCAUAACUGCAGGACAGAAGUUGAAUUGUUCAGGAUCAUAGAACUUUUUUUUAAGUAAAGAUUACAUAGCAAAAAAUUAGUAGACGAGUUAAAUUUGCAGAAAUUGAGGUAAUAGAUAGUAACAAGGUAGAACGGUAUGCUGUAGAAUGUUUUCUGUUUUUUCUAGUAGUAUCUAUCAGUCAUAACUCUCUAGUCUUAAGUGACCACAAUCUGAUCCUGGCACUCUACCACCUUUAAUCAGCAUAACUGUUGUUCAUUAGAUUUUCAUCUGUCCUCACAAUUGUACAGAAUGGGAUGUGCAUAAAACACCUUAAUACUGUGCUUAUCUGUUAAUGUUUAAUUUAUUAAUGCUUUAGGUAUGAAGCAGUCAAAAGCCUUAGUGAUUUUUAGUGGCAGUCAUCUCUGUUCCUCAAGAUAGCUGGCCCCUUAAUUCAGUUUCAGCAUAGGUUUCAGCAUUAUUUAAUAAGUUGUUUAUUUGUGUAAAGGUCCAGUAUUAAAUGCCUUUCUUGAAUAAGUAAGCCUAACAUAGGACUAAAAUCAGAUCACUUCUCCAUACUGUAUGUAAUAUUAUGCAGCUUGGGCUAAGAAUUGUGUUCUUUGUAAACACCAGCUUUUUCAGUUCAAAGAAUGACUGUGCUAACUCUUGUCUCUUGAUGUGAUACUAUCCUUCAUCCUGGAGCUAAAUUAAGUAUUUGUAACCAGCACUGCACUCAAAUGUAAAGCAGUCACAUUUUUGGUGGAAAAAAAAUAAUUGAAUUGCUACUAGGUUUGUGGGAAAAAAAAGUCUUGGAAUCCAAAGUACAGUUGGGUAUUUUAAACAGCUUUUUGGAAAAACUGGAAAAUAGUAGUGCCAUUUGUUGUAUAGAGCCUUCAUUUUUAUUGGUGUUGCACCAAGUUUGAGCCUUCAUUGAAAAAAUACACUUUUAAAAUAAG